UAUUCCCAUAUUUACCCUCCUAACUAAACAAAAAUGACCUUGUUCCCAUUGCGUCUCUUCUGUACUCGUUAGCCACGAGCAGCCGUUGACGACUUUCCUCUAAACUCCGGCCACUAAUACCAAGUCACCGAUCGCAGACGGGAGGGAUAGAUUUAUGUUUGGCUAACGGGAAAAUAGAUAGAAAAGGAAAGAAAGGAAGCUACAAUUUCAAGGAGAAGAGAGAAUGAGGUCAUCUUUUACUUCCGGUACCAUAAAUAUUGCUGCGAGUGCUCAAACGCUUGAUGUUGAUAAUCGGAUUUCUCUUCGAUACUACUAUCGGAUCGCUGAUAAUAUUCUCAAACAGGCUGACAUCUUUCGAGAAGAGAAGAAUAUCAUAGAUCUGUAUAUAAUGCUGUUGAGGUUUUCAAGCUUGGUAUCAGAGACGAUACCAUAUCAUCGAGAUUAUGGGUUGUCUCUACAAAGCAAAAAAGUUCAUUUGAAAAAGAAAUUGUUGAAUGCUUUGAGUGAGUUGGAGGAGUUGAAGCCAAAAGUGCAGCCAAAAAUUAAUGAAUUCAAUAGAAAACAUACACGUCAAGUAAAUGGGUGGGGCAAUGUUCAUCAACAUGAUUCAUUAGAGUGGCCUCCUGUCAAAAAGAAAACUUUGACUAGCUAUGAUGUGACAAAGGCGGUGGGACCAGCUGCACGAGCAUUUGUUUAUCCAGGUUCAGGAACUCAGCAAUUUUCACAUGCUAGGCCAGUGGAAGAGCAAUUCAGAAGAAUAUCUUUAAAUUUACCUCAUCCUAAGGAGGAGACUCUUUCUAGACAUUCUAUAUUGGGUCCAAAUGGGCUACAUGGUCCAUGGCAGCCACCUAGGAGUGAUAAAGGAGUCCAGUAUCCAAGCAACUUAGACCUCACUCCGGUUGCAAUCCCUAGCCUGCAACAAUCCACAGAAAAUGGGGUUGGAGUGAAAGAGGACACCAGUAAUUUGGAGCCUCAUAACCUGCAGCAGUCUGAAGAAAAUGGAUUUACAAUAAAAUCAGACAAUAGCAGCGCAGAACUUGAAAGAGCAAGUCUAGAGUCAGUUCUUACUCUGAAUGUUGAUAGUCAGAUGCACUCUGCUCAAGAACCCUCUUCCAUGAUUUCCUUUGAAACAACAGAGACCCCUGUUCAGACAGAUUUGAUUAGACAGCCAUCUCCUCCAGCUGUACUUGCAGAAGUACAAGAUUUGAUAUCUUCAUUGUCUUCCCAAGUUUCUGAAGCAGAAAAUAAAAUGGAUAUUUGCUCACCUGAUAAUUUUGUUCAUUCUGAAUCUCCCCUGCAACUGCAUAUUUCAACAACAUUGAUGGAGAACUUCAUGAAGCUGGCAAAGUCAAAUACUGAUAAGAAUUUAGAAACUUGUGGGGUCCUAGCUGGUUCUCUUAAAAACAGAAAGUUCUAUAUUACAGCUCUCAUUAUCCCAAAGCAGGAAUCUACAUCAGAUUCAUGUCAGACCACAAAUGAAGAGGAAAUAUUUGAAGUGCAGGAUAAACGAUCUUUAUUCCCCCUUGGGUGGAUACAUACGCAUCCUACACAGUCUUGUUUUAUGUCAUCGAUUGAUCUUCACACCCAUUAUUCAUAUCAGAUUAUGCUGCCAGAAGCUGUUGCCAUUGUCAUGGCACCAAGAGAUACUUCAAGAAAACAUGGCAUUUUUCGGUUGACAACCCCCGGUGGCAUGUCGAUCAUAAGACAGUGCCAGCAACGUGGAUUUCAUCCGCAUAAUCAACCUCCAGAUGGUGGGCCUCUUUACAAAGCCUGUACAGAUGUCUAUAUGAAUCCCAACCUAAAGUUUGAUGUUAUUGACCUACGGUGAUCUUAUUUGUUGAAUUUCAUUAGAUAAUGUUUUGGCAAUGUAAUUGUUCAUAGAUUAUCCAUUUGUGCUGGCGACCUUACCUUUGAUUCUUAAACUGUAAAAUUUCUUGUGUAAAGAAGGGGAUAUUACAAUUGCCUGGAUAAUAAAAUCCAUCCGUCCAUCACUGGAACUGGAAAGUACA